AUGGCUUCCACAAAGACACAAGCCAACUACGGCUACUGCGAGAGCUUCUUCGUUGAAAGCUACGACGACACAGACGGCAUCUUUGCCAGAGCAGCUGCUGAGCGAGAGAGAUCACGUGCAAUGUCCAAGGUCCAACAAAGACACAUGGCGGCCGACUUGUCUCGCUUGACGAGUGAAGAGUACCUGAACGAUGUGCUUGACCACAUGGAGGUCAUGGAGGCCGAGACGAUGCCGGACAUCAACUCCAUUGAGAUCCAAACCGAGAUUCAAUGGUUCAUGCGUCCCUACCUCCUCGACUUCCUCCUCGAAGCACAUCAUGCCUUCCAGCUCCUUCCCGAGACUCUGUUCCUUGCCGUCAACCUUCUUGACAGAUACUGCUCGAAGCGUGUCGUCUACAAACGUCACUACCAGCUGGUCGGUUGUGCCUCAUUACUCAUUGCCGCCAAGUACGGUGAUCGUAAGGAGCGCGUGCCCACCAUCAAGGAAUUGAAGUCCAUGUGCUGCUCCCUCUACGAUGACGACAUGUUCACACAGAUGGAAUGGCACGUCUUGCAAACCCUCAACUGGAUCGUCGGCCACCCCACAGUGACUGGCUUUCUCGAGAUUGCUCUCAACGAGACUUCGGCCGACACCGAAGUACAGAACAUGGCUACCUACAUCUCAGAAAUGGCUCUUUACCACAAGGACUUUAUCCCCGUGCUGCCUUCAGUCAUGGCCAGGUCAUCGCUCGCUCUUUCCCGCUACGUUCUUGGUCGCGCUCAAGUAAACCAACCCGAGUGGGCUGCUAGAUACGACGCCAAUGUCGUCAUGGACUUGUCAAACCAGCUCGCCCGUCCUUCGCAGGCUCUCUUCCGCAAAUACUCGUCCUCUCACCUCUCAAACGUUGCCACAACUCUGGAGCAGUUCUUGCAACGCCAGAGUAUGAUGCAAGCACAGCAGACCGUAUCACAACAACCAUACCCCUCGCCUGCACAGUCUACCCUGGAUGUCCAGCAGGUGUCUGGUGCCAUGAUGACCCCUCAAACUCCUCAGAAGCAUGUCUACGCUGCAGUACCCAUCGGCGUCCUUACUCCUCCCGAAACCCCGGAGAAGGACUUCUACGACAACCCAACCUACAACGUAAACCAGAACUUGAUGCACCGCCUUCAUGCCUGCACAACCGUGAACUCCGCACAGAACGUUCAAUCAUACCCGUACAGCUCUUACCCGACAUCAUACCCGUCACAAUGA